AUGUACAGCUGUUGUUAUCGCUCUUACGUGCGGGAGGCGCGCGCGCCGCCCCAGUACGAGUGGCGUGGGCGACGUCCGCCGCCGGCCCAGCCUCACGCACCGCGCACGCACAGUGCCCGGCCGGCGAUUCACCGCGACGCGACGCGCCGCCCCGCUACACGACCUCACACUGACGACCGGCGCCCGACCCGCGCCGAAGGCUACCCGCUGAGCGACUACCACACCCGACUGAUACAGACGCAGCUUCCAGCGGCGGCCGCGGAGACAGCGUGCGUGCGGACACGGGAGAGACACGUGUGCAGAGCUCCGUCCGUCCGAAUGGCGGAGGACACUUCUUCCGCGGCGGAGGCGCAGACGCCGCUACGGGCGGAAAGCGUCGAGGAGCGGUACCUGCGAAUCUGGAACCACGGUGAGUAG